AUGUCGGAACUGGCUAAAUAUGAAAAAAUGGAAGACCGCGUGAUACUGACUGAGGAAGAUCUGCUCGAGGACGGAUUCGGUGACUAUCCAUUAUACCGCUGUGUCGUGGCAGAAGUCCCCAGUGAGCAGCAGAGCAACAACGGUCCUGUGGUGAUUGGGUUUGCCAUGUACUACUUCACCUAUGACCCCUGGAUUGGCAAGUUGCUUUACCUGGAAGACUUCUUUGUCAUGGAAAAUUACAGGGAGAUUGGCAUUGGCUCAGAGAUCCUCAAGCUCCUCAGUGACAUGGCAUUCAAGACUCGCUGCAACAGCAUGCACUUCGUCGUCGCCGGGGGCAACAAGGAGUCAAUAGAGUUCUACAAGCGUCGUGGGGCGGCCGACAUCACUCAGGAUGAGGGAUGGAGACUCUUCAAGAUCAACAAGAGCUCCCUCUUCAAGAUGUCCUCCGGCUCCAAAGAGUGAGCUGGCCCCAAGACACAUAGAAAGAUGGGGACAAGAGUGACAGACUUGUUCAAUUUAAUUUAAAUUACUUAAUUAUUUGCCAGUCUUUCACUUCAGCGGUGGGGGGUGUGACUUCUGACAGGGGCAUUAAGCAUGUGUGCGCACAAACUUCCUCAAUCUAGUCAAUAAUUUAGGUCACGUAUUUUAUCUGAAGCCAUCGUUUUAG